AUGGCCUCUGAUGCUCAGCCGUGUCCGUUGCAGAGAAGUGUCUCACAGUAUCCACCCAAACCUCCUUUUCGUGAAGAAAUUAAGCACGAGGUGAUCACCGCCCCAGACGGUACCCAAUCGCCCUACAGUUCGCUGAAGGACGUCAUUGAGUGCGUGAUCUGCGGUGAUCGCGCGUGUUCUCAUCUCUACUACGGGGUCUCCGCAUGCCAUGGAUGCAAAUGCUUCUUUUGGCGUACGGUGAAAUCGGGUGCAAAAUACGUGUGUCGAUACGAGGGAAAUUGUCGCAUUAGCACUGCGGGUAGAAAUGCGUGUCGAUUUUGUCGUUUCAACCGGUGUCUAGCUGCCGGGAUGCGCAUUGAAUCUGUCCGAAUGGAGAAAAGAGGACCGAAGGAUGGAGUACAAAAUGGGAAUGAGGGAACAACAACGGCCGGAUAUAGCUCCGGAUCUACAACCGCGGCAACGAAUACGAGAAAGCCGACAAAGAGCGGAGCGGUGAUCCAGCGUCCGCCGAAACGCGAACGCUGGGCGGUGAGCAGCCACGAGAGUGACAACGAGCCCGAUUGGGACAGCAAGGAAUCGGAGUUGGCACGACGCCAACGGAUGGACAACAGAAUCCUGAUUAACUCGCUGCUGCUCAUCGACAGAAACGCGAACGAGGGCGCCGGCCAUGCCGCUUCAUCGGCACCGGAAACCGGGCAGCCGGUUACGCUGAGACAAGCGUUCGACAAUCCGAAGCUGUUGGACAAGUACAGAAAUGUACUGCGUUUCGAUCGAAAGGAGCCGGCUGACUGCGCCAUGUUGGCCGAUUCGGCUCGACGUCUGUUGACAUGGACGAUGGAUUGGACGAGGCUUGUCUGCAAUCUAGAGGAGUGUCUUUGCACACUGGAUAAGAUGCAAUUGUUGCGCAACUGUUUUGCGCCACUCACUCUUCUGGAGUUGGGCACUCAGACGCUUCUCGCUCCGGGGACAAUUCUACUGCUUCCGGGCCCCGGAUAUAUCUAUCAUGAGGGGAAUAAGCUGCCUGAUAAUUGCUUCUUGAACAACAAAAUCGUCACGAAGAUCUUGACCACGCUUCGAACUCGGCUGAUCGAUACGGCACUCGAUGAGAAGGAGAUUGUCAUGCUCAAAGCCAUCAUAGUGCUCAAUCCUGACGCCGAUGGACUUGUCGGACAGGCAGCCCAGGCAGUGAAUGGAUUGAGAACGAGGGCCCAUUCCGCUCUCUAUCAACAUAUUGUCGACAAAUCGGACGCGCCGAGGGCUGCGGCCAGAUUGGCGGAUAUCCUGCUCCUCAUCCCGAAUCUGAUGCUGUUGGCCGGGGAGCUGGUUGAACACAUCCGGAUGGCGCACACUUUCUCGGCCAAUGCGUCCGUCUACGAUCCGCUGUUAUUCCAGCUGUUCGGCGACAUUUUCGAGGAUUCCUCAGCUCCGGCUGAUGGCAGAAGGGCUGCCGGCUUCAUCAACUCGUCCUCCUGCUCCCCGAUCGUCGAAGAGACGGCCGCUGAUUCUAGC